AUGGCUUCCCAACAAUUUACAAAAUAUCUCUUUGAUUCCCCAUCUGUACUCAGCGGGGAAGAGCCAGAACUAAAACGCUCAGACUUCACCUUUGAAAAGAAGCUCGGAGAAGGUGCAUUUGGCCAAGUAUGAAUUGUAUGUCAUAAAGUGUCUAAAGCGAUCUAUGCUCUUAAGCAAGUCCCUAAAGAAAAAGUUCUCAAAAUGUUAAGCCAGUUCAAGAGAGAAGUAUACAUUAUGUAUAACCUAAACCAUCCUCAUAUAUAUCUAUUUGUAUGAAUGAUAAUUUCUAAUUAAAAGCAAUUAUUUUAACAUUUUUUUUAUACUAUAAAAAGGCAUAAUAAAGCUUUACAAUCAUUUUGAAGACGAAAAAUACUUCUACCUCAUCAUGGAAUGCUCAGACGGAGGAAAUCUUUUCCAUCGCUUACAAAAGCAGAGGCAAUUUAUUGAGGUCGAAGCUGCACAAUAUUUUAGAGAAAUUGUCCUUGCUGUGGAGUAUUUGCACUCACAUGUCCCAGCUAUUAUUCAUAGAGACAUUAAGCCUGAGAAUAUUUUAUUAGACUCACAGAAUCGUGUAAAAUUAACUGAUUUUGGAUGGUCGAAUUAUUAUAGCAAAGAAGAGCUUGAGCCAAGAAAAACAGUAUGUGGGACAUUGGAGUAUUUGCCGCCUGAAAUGAUUGAAGAAAAAGACCACAAUACUUCUGUUGAUAUUUGGUGCUUAGGGGUACUUCUAUAUGAAAUGCUAGUAGGAUUUACUCCUUUCAAGUCACAAUCAAAAAGAAAUCUACUCGUAAAUAUAGCAAGAAAUAAGCCAAAAUUCCCUUUGAGCUUUCCUCCCCUUGCACGAGAUUUGAUAUGCAGAAUGCUUUCAAAAAACCCAAAUGACAGGCCAAGUAUCACUGAAGUAAAAGAAGACAGAUGGCUUAAAGAGCUUCCAGCCCUCAAAGAAACUACAUCACAGAUGUUAUCCCCAAUCCCACUCCCACAAUAUCAUGGUAAAUUUUAAUCAGAAAGCAUUCCUGUCGAGUUCAAAUGUUACAAAGUAAUCAGUGAAGUCGUCAAAGAAGAACCAACAUCUAAAAAAGAAGAAAAAAACCCAAAAAAUAAUAAACUUAUCAAAAUGAAUAUAAAAAAUUAUUAAAAUAAGAAAAUAGGAUAAUUAUUUAUUAGCAAUAAGGAUAGGUCUCCUUCAGGCUCUGAAUCUGAUGAUCUCGAUCUAUCUUACAGCUCAGACGGCUCUGAAAAGAAUUCCGAUGUGCUCAGCAAUGAGUUUUUAGAUGACAUUGUAUGCAAAGAAAGCAUAAAACAAAUGAAAGAUAUUAUUGAAGAGAGGAAAACGGUGAUCAGGGUCCAAAAAAGUACAAUUGGAGACAUUGAUAAAAAUCUUAAAGAGGCAAAUGAAGAGCAUGAGAAGCUUGAAGGCAGAGUGAAAGAAAAAAAUGAUGAGCUAUUAGCAUUGCAAAGCAAGGAAAGACAGCUAAUUAAUCAAAUUGCAGAUAUUGAUGUGCAGAUGCAGACUUGCCAGCAUAAUGUUGAGGACUCUGAGCUGAUUGAAAAGAUUCAUACAUACCAAAAAUUGCUUAUAGAGAAAUCAUCAGAAACGAGCAUUUAUUUGAAAAAGCGAGAAGGAAUUAAAGAAAAAUUAAGGGAUGUUGAAAGACUCCUUACUCAUAACUCCGUGAGUAAUCAAAAUCAUUUAAAUAAUUCUACUUUUCAAAAAUAAAAUGAAAUACGCGUAUAAUGAAAUCUCCAGCUAAUUUGAAUAGAAUUUUCUUUAAAUUAUGCUAUUUUUUGAAACACAAUAUUUAAAAUGGCAGUUAGGGAUAGGGUCCUUGUCCUGCUCAUCAGGCAAGCCCUAUUAUCCGAGCUUAGUGAGAGAAGUUCAAGCUUCCUGAGAGUCUCGGCUUGAAGAGAUGGUCGGUGCUGAGUCUGGUACGGACUAGAGAAGUCCUGAAGGGUUUAAUAACUUUAACGGUUAGACGGUUAGGCCGAUCCACCUACCGUUGUUCAGAGCUGUUAUUGAAGCUGAAUCUCAAGUUAAGAGGACUUAAAAGCAUAGCAGUGCUAGAAAAUUCUAUAAACAUAAACAUUUUUUGAAAAUUAAUCCUAUUCAGUAGGUAAUAAAAAAUUUUGCUCUUUGGAGGGAGGAAGCUAUAGCCUAGGACAGCAUUUAGCUCGUCCUAGGCUAACAAAUUUCUCUGCAAUUCAUGGAGCUAGUCCGGCUCCAUAAGUUGCCAAGCCAAGUCCACGAGCAGGAGAAAUCUGUUAGCCCAAGGCGAGCUAAAUGCAGUCCUGGGCUAUAAUGAAAAAGAAAUUGAAUUCAGCCGAGCUAACACCCAACUUUUAGAAGCUAAAAAAGACUUAAAAGGCUCAAACAGAAACAUGCAAAUGCAAUUUACUGACCUAACACUGAACGCUGAUAUCUUGAAAUCCCGCAUUGACAAUUUCGACCACUUCUGUAAAGCCCUCGAUCCUGACGAAUUUGCAGUUGCUAGAGAUAUCCAAAAUUUCAUCAGAGACAAAAAGAACGAAAUUCCUGAACUCAAAGAAAGAGAAAUUUUAUCAAAAAUACAGGCAAGAGAAGAAAUAAUAACAAAAAUAGAACAAGAAAUAAUUGAGCAGAAAAUUGAGCACGAGGACAAAAAAUCAGAAUUAUUCCAGCAGUAUAGAAAGAAAAAAGAAGAUACAAUUAACAAUUGCAAACUUUUAAAUGAAAAAAUGUCAAUUGAAAUCCAAGACCAAGUCAAUUUAGAAAGAGAAAAUUUGACUAAAAAAUUAAAAAUGGCAAGAGAAGAAGAGCACAUGUAUCCGACUAGUCAAGAAGAUAUAGAAAAUAUGAAGAAAAAGCUGCAGUAUUUAAAAAAUAUAAAAACCCAAACGGUUUCAAAGAUAUCUAGAAUGAGAGAGUCGAGAUUUGAAGCCAAAGAAAAGAUAAGGAAUAUCAAUAAAAGCAUUGAAGAUUCCCUUGAUGAGCUGAAUACACUAAAAAUAAGCUAUAUGAUGAAGAUUGAAGGGUUUGAGUAA